UAGGUGUUUGCUUUCAAUAUGGCGUCRAAUGUCGGUAGAAUGGGUUUUCGUUCAGGCUCACCCUCUUUCCUGGUUAUUGGUCURUCGUUAGUUAUAGUUGUUUUAUUGUAUAGUUAUUGGAGUGUUUCAUCCCGCAAUAGUAUGCUACUAAAGGACCAGACAUUUUUUCAAGAUCGUUUGCGAACGUUAACAAGUCAGAAGUCUAAAGUUGAACAGAAAUAUAUUGCRGCUCGAUCACAGAUGACAGACGUGGAACAAGCGAAACGAAAACUAGAAGCAAAAGACUUAUCUUCCUCUAAAAAACAGUCACAACUAGACUCCAAGAUAAAAGAGCUUGAAAAUGAGCUACAAGCGGCAAAAGAAAGAUUUCGAACAGCCCAACAACAAGGGGAAAAGAGCAAAUCUGAACUCACAAAACUAAAGAUUGGCAUUGAAGCAACUAAGAAAAAAUUCCAAGACAUGAAAGGUAAAGCCAGCUCAAUGAUGGAACUGCAUCAAAACCUACAGGAAAAGCUGAGACUUCAAUCUCAAGAGCUUUUGACAGUUAAAAAUGAAAAGGAGAUGCUAAAAGUCCAAUUGGAGCAAAUCCAAGAGUCUUCCCAACAUCAAAAUAAAGAAUUUAAACCCAAAAUAAAUGUAGAAGGGCAGAGUAAAGAAGASCAGAAUGAGAAGAAGAAGCCAGUCAAGAAAACCAUAAAGCAGUUAGUGCAAAAAACAUCACAGAAACCAGUUGUUCAACCAUCUCUCUCAUUGGAGGGAGAGCAAGGAUCACCUAAAGAUCAUCUGACACCUGGUAAGGGGAGGUUCUCAAGCAUUACAAAGAAGUUUCAUAAAUUAGAUAGAAAACAAAAGCUCCCUGGUUUAAAAAGCAUUGCCAAUGUUCAACAGAGAGAAGACCCCACAUUAAAUAUCACUAAAACAACUUUAAAAUUUAAUGCCACAAACAAAGCCAAUGUAAACAUGCAAAACAACACAGCCACGCCAAGUCUUAAUGCUUCCAUCAAUGCCACCGCAAGRGAAGGGAUGCAACACUACAUUAAUGGCACUGUAAAGCCAGGCAAGAAAUCACRACAAUUUAAUACUAGUAAUACUAUAAAGAAGAGUUUAAUUUCCCUGAAAACUAUAAAUGCGAAUACAACCGCAGGGUCUGUUCUUGCAGCCUCGACAAGUGUUUCAACAAAAGCAAAUGAAGAAAGUACAAAGGAACCAGCAGAGCAAACAAAUGAAAAUCCAACUACAACUUCCAAGACAGAUUCYCAUAGUCAWGAGCAGAGUACCGAGGAGGGAAGGAAUGCGGAGGAUAUAAAGGAGGASGAAAAGAAGGAAGAUGAAAACAAAGAGGAGGACGAAAACCAAGAAGAUGAUCCAAUACUGAGGCACCCGAUGGCAAGAAACAGSAAUUUUGGAAAACCUUUUGGAAUGGAGCAUAGAAGACGKCUCCCUCAAGAGGAAUAAAGCCACAACUAUURAUAUGAGUAGAAAACCAUCKAAGAAAAACUGGUAAAAUUCCACAAAAUUCCAAAAGUGGGGAUUUUUGAUAGUUUUAACAUAACUAUUCUUGAAAUAUGAAAACACAACAUGUUUCUUUUAAUGUAAAUUUCCAUCCCAUAGUGGGAAGUGUCAACCCUUCUCAAUCAAGGAUGCUAGCGUGUGGACUUAUGGCUUCUCGCUGUAUCAAAGCACACAUGUGCUAUACAUGAGACAAYCAAUAUCAAAUACAUGUAGWUAGCUACCAAAAUAGUGCAAAAUGAUCAUWCCUUUGCUUCAUUUUGUCUAAUCUACACUUUUUAGUAGUAAUAUUUCACUGCUGUAUAUCGUUUGCGCUCUACAUUUUAGCAUUUUACAUACUCUGAGUGAUUUUGAAAGAAAAUUUGUAUUUCUUGAACAGACAAUGAAUAUUCWUGUGUGUAAGAAACAAUCAGAAACUUGAGCUAUCGAUUGAAUUUCAUGGGUUUUGUGUAUUCACUCGCUAUAAAAAAGCAUUUKGUUUUGUUAAAGUGUUAUCAGAGAAAGUUUUCUUUCUGUCUGUAAAAAAGAAGCACAAAACGUCCUCUCCUUGCUGUGYAAUUGUUUGUAAAAAWYUAGCAAGGUGCUGGUAAAUAGUGCUGGAUAUUGCAAUAAUAAUACUCUUGUUUUAUAACAUUAAAUUAUUUAAGCUACCGUAUUUAGUAAUCUUACGUUACACAUCAUGUCAUUAACACCAUUUUGGAUGAUGAACAAAGUCCAUUGCAUGGGCAGGGAUGGCACUCAGGGCUGUCCCAACAUUUUUGAGCCAUGUGUCCUGUUCUCAAGACUGCAAAAUCUCCAGUUUUUUUUUAGAAAAUGGAAAAUCUUUAUGUUUUAAGUAUAUAUAACAUUAAAAAUGAAACCUGAUUUGUGCAUGAAUUGCCAAAGUGAGAUACUGAUGAAUAUUUUUGGGGUUCGACAUUCUGAAAAUGUUCACAAAAUGGGGGAUUUAUCAAUCUCAAGAUACAUGAUUCUUMCUUGAGGUUGACACUCCUGCAGUGGCACAUUUAAAGGGUUUGGGGGAGGGGAGGGCUUAGGAGGGGAUUCACAGUUAAAUGUGAUGUCAUCAAUGUCAUGUGUCGACAUAAUAAGAGUCUUAGAUGUAAUGACACGUCAAUGACAACUCCACUGCAUGAAAUUCUGCAUGGUUUUGUUCAUUCAUCUAAAAUGGCACAGACAACUUUGUUCUUGAUAAUUGCUGGGUCAGCCCAAUAAUGUUAGUUUUUUUUGCAGACUUUAUAAGUUUUAGGGAUGUUUUAACCAAAACUAAUGAGGUCUGCAAAGGAAGAAUGUAUGCACUUGAUUCAUUGAUAAAACGUUGUCCAGUUCCAAAAGUUUACAUCAUCAAAGCCUACAAUUGAGCAUGGGAAAGCAAAUUCUAUGAGUAUAACAGUGAUUCAGUGCUGGAAGAUUGCCUGCACUAAUUAAAAAGACCUUUUUUUACACAGAAUGUAUAGCGUAACUAGUUUAGGGAAAUAUGAUUUGAAUUUCUGUUGCAGCUUAGCUUUUAUGAUAUCKCAUUUGGAUGACCUGGCAACAUUUCUUUCAAUUAGGGUGUAUUGUUCGAACUAAAUUACACUUAUUAAAGUACAACUUAUGAACAUAAUUAUCAUAGGAAUCUGUAAUUAUCAUUGUAUCUCAGAUAAGAAACGCUGUCUAUAUGCUUAAAAUAACUCAUGUUGAAUCAUUUCAUUAAAAAUUGUAAAUGCA